AAGGUCAGUGGGUUGGUGGCAGAUGACGGGCAGUUGAUCGAAGUUUACCUUGCCGACCGUGUAGGAACUCGGGCGGUCCAGACGGUCGCAUGUGGUGCGCAACAUGAUGUUGGCAGCCAUGCUUGCUGUUGCUGCCAUGGUCGAUCAAGCAAGAGGGAGUUGGGAGGUCGAGGUGUGAUGCGACACGGUGAUGGUGACGAUGAGGAGCAGACAGUAAAUAGUAAAUAGUCGCUGGCUGAAAGGCUCUAAGUGACGUGGUCCAAGCUUGUCGGUAUACCGCGUCGACCGAGUGUUUGCGACGAGCUCCCGUCUAGAAAGCUUCACUCGUGUCUCUUCUUGCCAGACCCUUGCACUCUGUCUGUAUCCUCAACAAUGGCAAGAGUGCUCAGGCAUACCCCGGACUGGCUCUCGGCGCCUUCAGCGGGCUACAAUUUGUUCCAGCGCAGCGCCGACACAAAGGCUGCUGCUUUUCGCAAUGCAACUCAAAAGACCGACUCUCGCGGCCCUACGCGCACCAUUGCCCACCGUGGUACAGAGAUCUUCGUACUGGUCGGCAAUGAAAUCAGAUGGUCCGACCUGGUCAUGCUAAAGGAUGCUCCUCGAGACGACGACUUCCAAACUUACAGGAUCCUGAAAACUCCCGUCGCCGGCCAGAUCAAACAGCUCGUCGUCUCGCCCCGUGGCGACUACCUCGCCAUUCUCACUUCUCACACGGUCCACAUUGCCAUCUUGCCCGAUUCUUCCCAUCUCUCCGUCAAGGAUGACUCUCCGCUUCGCAUCAAGGCCUUCCAGCUCGGUCCCACGGCACAUGUGCUCGAACAAGCCCCCGUCGUCUCUGCCCUAUGGCAUCCUCUCGGCCACCUGGGUAGCUGCCUGGUCACCGUCACAAAAGACGCCUGUCUGCGCCUCUGGGAACUCAAUCGCGACUCUCGCGCCUCCUUUGACCAACCCGAGCUGGCCCUUGACCUGAAGAAGCUCGCAAAUGCCACUUCAUCCGAUCAGGAUUUUGCUGCCUCAAACUACGGCGCCAGCAAAGCUUUCUCGCCCGACUCGAUCGAGAUGGAAGUCGCCGCCGCUUGCUUUGGUGCCAGAGCCACCUCGGACGAACACGGCUGGGCCUCGAUGACCAUGUGGAUUGCCAUGACCGAAGGCGACGUCUAUGCUCUCUGUCCCCUGCUGCCUUCCAAGUGGGAACCCACCCCGACUACUAUUCCUUCUCUGUCGACUGCCGUGGUAGCCAAGGCCGAGGCCAUCUCUCAAUCUGAUCCCACUCCAGAGGAACGCCGUAUCGUAGACCAACAGCAACGAUGGCUCGCCGAGAUUGAUAAUCAGGAUCCUCUGAUCGUCUCACAUGCUGACACUCUGGCUGACUUUGAAGUUUACACUCGCCCCUCCAAUCCCCCAGCUAUCCCAAAGCUGCAAGGUCCCUUCUAUCUUAGCCCGGAUUCCGACCUUGAUUCAAUCACCGACAUCUUUGUCGUGGCUCCCCGUCUUGAUGACGAUGCAUUGAUGCAGGAAGAGGAUCAAGAUGACUUCCUUGGCCACGACGGUCUUUCGGUCGGCAUAGUCUGCUUGGCUACCGCUUCUGCCAAGGUUCACAUCUGUCUCGAUCUCGAUGGCGUUGAGGCCCAAUGGCUGCCGUCCAGACGCGCCGCUUUCCGCCGUCGCUUUGACGAAGAAGAGUCUUUCUCCGAAUUGCUCCUUGUUGAAACCCUUGCUACUCCUGAAACCACAAACUCAUGGCCUACCUUUACUUCUAUCGAUACCAGCCGCUACGCCUUCCUCCUCAGCUCCAACGAAGGCAUCUUCAACAUCUCCCUCGAGCCUUGGAUCGCUCCUCUUGAGGACGAACUCAUCAACCCUUCCGACUCUGGUGCCGCCUUCCGUCUCGACGUACUGUUCGAUGUUGAGAGAUCAUCCAUUGAUCGCAUCCUCAAACGUAGCACCGAAUCUGGAGUUGCUCCAGCCUGCGUAUCGAUUAUAGACUCUGACCUAGGUCACUUUGUCCUGACUGCUACCUCUUCUCAGCCUCAAGCUGUGGUAUUGGACCUCCCAGUGGAUCGAUCAUUAUACAACUCAUUUGCUCCCGAUGACACUCCGUUGGCUCUCGCCGCACCUGAUGUCCGUCAACCAUACCAACCCUCCGAAGCCUUCUUCGCCUCAUCAGCCCUCGCUGGCUUCCUCGACUCAGCGGUGCAAAGAAACACUCAACUAAGAAAAGCAGACCUGAAGACACAAGUCCGCUUCUCCCCAGCCACCCUAGAACUCCUCACCGAUGCCCACCGCCUGCUUUCCACAGAAACAAGUAGACUGGGAGCUGCGGCCGCCGACCUCUUCCGCCGCUGCGAAAGAAUGCGCGCAGAAUUAUCAGAGCAAAUCCGCCAAGUCGACGCAAUCUCCAAGCGCGCCGAUGCCGUAACAGGCGACGACGAUGAUGGUCAAGAUACAGAUCAACCGCGCGUGGUCGGCAAAGACAAGAUUGACGAGCGUAUGGAGGCUGCACGCACGCGAUCGAAAGCACUCGCCAAACGCGUCGAAGCCAUGCGUCGCCGCAUGGCAGGCCUAGGCGGCAAAGAACUAAGUGCAAAGGAAGAAGCCUGGGCAGCGGAAGUAGCAGCCCUCUCGACCAGUCUAGGUGAUGUCGAAACCAAGGCCCCACAAGAAACCGGAGCAGAAACAGAAGCCGGAGCCACAGAAGACGAUCUAACAAGUCGUCUAACAGCAGUAGGAGAACUCAAACGCACCCUCGUCGCUCGCGCAAAGGAAACUGCAGACCGACAGAAAGCCCUCACGUCAAAUGGAUCUCCAGAUGAAGAUGCACAAGAAUCACAAGAUCUGAGUGCUAGUAUGAGUCGUAUACCCAUCGAUUUCAGGAAACAGAAAAUCGCUCAGGUCAUGCAGUUGUUGGAGCGUGAAACCGCUUUGGUGGAUGCGGUCAGUGAUCGUUUGGGCAAGUUGAAGGGACUGGGUAAUUCAAUUUCGCCAUUCUAAGGGAGGUUGAGAGACAGCUGUGUUUCAGAUUCGUGUUUUUGGAUGAGAUUGAUGGCAUAGAGAAGGAGUCCCUCGGAAAGGACAAGGAAGAAAAACAUACGAAUUCUUGCAUAUAUCUCACAAUGAAAAGAAAAUCAUCGUCAUCGUCAUCAGCAGCCAAAAGGGCGGAUUGUAUCGUGAUCGCAAAAUAGGAGGUGUUUUCUCGGCACGAAAGUGAAACAUGUAUUCGUAUUUCGGCCGGAAAAAAGUCCAUGUCUAUGUUGGGCUUGCAAAGAAGAGACUAAUGCCAGGAAAUAGGAAGAAAUCGGUCAUCAAACAACGGACCAACAAAGAAGACAUUGUCCUCCUGUCAGAAAACGGUUUUUGAUUUGGAAAGAAAAAUCGCGCAUGUUACGCCACGUAGAGCAGCAAGAAGAAAAAAUCCACUCCCACACACAUUGAAAGAUUCUGAUAGACAGAUC